AUGGCGCGGCCCGUGCAGCUGGCGCCGGAGUCGCUGGCGCUGGUGCUGAGCCGGCUGGAGGCGCCGGCGGCGGCGGGGGGCGCGGAGGAGCCCGGCGGGCACGCCGUGUUCCGCGCCUUCCGCCGCGCCAACGCGCGCUGCUUCUGGGACGCGCGGCUGGCGCGCGCCGCCUCGCGGCUGGCCUUCCAGGGCUGGCUGCGCCGCGCCGUGCUGCUGGUGCGCGCGCCCGCCGCCUGCCUGCAGGUGCUGCGCGCCGCCUGGGCCCGCCGCGCGCUGCGCCCGCCGCGCGGCUUCCGCAUCCGCGCCGUGGGUGAUGUCUUUCCAGUGCAAAUGAAUCCAAUAGCCCAAGCACAGUUUGUUCCUUUGGCUGAAGUUCUUUGCUGCGCUAUAUCUGACAUGAAUGCUGCUGAGAUUGUAGUAACACAGGAAUCACUGUUGGAGCAUUUGAUGAAACAUUACCCAGGCAUUGCAGUCCCAUCUCAAGAUAUACUCUAUACCGCUCUGGGCACUCUGAUUAAAGAAAGGAAGAUCUAUCACACUGGAGAAGGAUACUUCAUUGUUACUCCUCAGACUUACUUCAUCACAAACACAAACCCCCAAGAACAUAAGAGAGUCUGGUCAGACGAAAGCCGCGAGAUACCUGCUUUCCUCACGUACCUGGUGAGCGUGGAGAGCUGUGCGGACUUGGCAGAGCUGGUCAGAGAAAACGCUGCCCCCGUCUCCCACUGUCCAUCUUGCCAGUGUUUCCCUGAUGAGUGCACUCAGGACCCGCAGGAACCACCAGCUGCUGCAGAAGUGACUAGAAAAGGCCAGAAAGGUCUUGGGGAAUCCAGACCUUUGGUACAGAACCGAGCAGUCUCAGCGUCUGAGGAGAAUCCUGUCUCUGAGAGCACCAAGCCUUUACCAUACACAAGAGACAGAGACAAAGGCAAGAAGUUUGGCUUUAGCCUCUUCUGGCGCAGUAUGUCCAGAAAGGAGAAGUCCAGAAGAGGGCACAGCAGUUUCUCUGCCCAGUUCCCGCCGGAGGAAUGGCCUGUCCGAGAUGAAGAUAACUUGGACAAUAUCCCCCGAGACGUUGAACAUGAGAUCAUCAAACGCAUCAAUCCCGUCCUGACGGUGGACAACUUAAUCAAACAUACCAUCCUGAUGCAAAAAUACGAAGAACAGAAAAAACACAAUAGCCAGGGCACUUCCACUGAUAUGCUGACAGUCGGGCAUAAAUAUCUUUCAAGAGAGGGAGCUAAGAAAAGGCAGGACCGGUCUGCAAAGCCUCGAAGGCGGGGCCAUUCUCACAGGGACAGACACAAGGCCAGGAGUCAGGGAAGUGAGCCUCCGCCAGGAAGUAUUGGACCGGAGAAACACCCCAAGCUCCCUGCCACACAGCCCAUCCCCAAAAGGAAAAGUCCACAUGAAGCCGUAGUUCAGAAACCACUUGGUGAGACCCCAUCGGAGCGAGGGUCUCAUCUGAUUUACAAAAAGCGAAUCAGUAAUCCUUUCCAGGGUUUGUCUCACCGGAGGAGCCCAAUCACCAAAGGGCACAGCCACCAGAAGACCAGUGACUUGAAACCCAGCCAGAGUAGACCAAAGGGCAAGCCUUUCCAAAAGUCAAGGACUUUAGAUUCCUCACGAAUCCCUGACGGGGAGGCCACACAGCCACGUCCUGAACAAGGCAACGAUAAACUGAGGGCAGAACCCAUUCAUAUGAGUAACUCUACUGUCAAGCCUGUCAGUGACGAUUUUAGAGAUCACCUCUUACAUUACUCCCAAUGUAGUGUUUUGCAAAAGGAUAGUCGACGCUGUUCCUUUAGGGAAAGCAGGUUGACCUGUGACGUGUAUGGUAGAGAAAACAAAGUAAUCCCUGAAGACUCGAGGGAAAGUUAUUCUCACUCUAACAUGUUAGGGGAGAUAACUGACACACGGAAUGUCCUUCCGUCACCGGGUCCUUCCAUCGACCAGGCAUCUUCUGCUAGUAGAUUAGUUGAUAACACAACACACCAAUUCCAAAAUCUUCGUCUUUUGGAUUACCCGCUUGGUGUGGACCAUUUGAGUCUACCUGAGCGGGAAGACAGAGACUCAGAGGAAACACGGAGGAGAAAGGCAUUUGUGCAGGAAGCAGAGACGGUGAGUCUAGAAAAUGAGGUGCUUUCUGACGAUUCCCAAGCCUUGUAUCAAAAUAAAGGAGAAGAUGAGGACGGUACUUGCAGUUCAUUAUAUUUAGAUGAGGAUGACUUUUCCGAGAAUGAUGAUUUGUGUCAAAUGCUGCCCGGCCACAUUGAGUAUUCCUUUUCUGGGGGGAGCCAAUGGAGUCCUUUAGGAAAACAAAAGGUAACCGAGCGAUCUCUGACUGAGUACCACAGCAAAAUGCAGAGGUUUGAGCCUCUAGCGCUGAAAGGAAGUGAAUGCUGCAAGCCUGCGUUGCUCGCUAACCCAGGUGUAAGCCAGAAACCUAAUCUCUCUGCUGAAAGCUGUGGCCUCAAUUCAGGGACCCCAUCCAGAUGUAACUAUGAAGAGGAUCCCAGCGUGGCUGAAUGUGUGCCGGCCUCCGCAUCUGCUGAGAGAAGCAUAUUUGAUUACUACAGCUCAAGGAAAGCCAGCUCGGAGGCCGAAACCCCACAAGGCUGCGUUGAUGACACAGGAAAGAAAGCAGCUUGCUGGUCUCAGAGUGCUCAGAAUCAGGAAAUGAGAAAACAGUUCACACAAAAGUUAGAACUUCAGAACACUACACAUAUGCCAGUGAUGGCUCAGGAUAUCCAGCAUGAACACAGACACUUGGAAGGAACGGAAAAUCAGAGCAUGGCAGGAGAUAGUGGAAUAGAUUCUCCACGGACACAGAGUCUGGCAUCUAAUAAUUCAGUCAUUCUGGAUGGUCUGAAAAGAAGACAGAAUUUUCUGCAGAACUUUGAAGGCACAAAAAGCAGUCAAACACUCACAUCCAAUCCCUUGCUAAAGCUAACUCCAGUCAUCAAUGUUUAA